AUACAGAAUGCACGGGCAUACAUGUGCGAAAAUAAUUACUUUGUUGCAUCAAAUGCUGGAGCAGUUAAAUUAACUUACAGUUCAGAAAAGCAUUAUGGAGCGCAACGGUUUUUAAUAAUAUAAAAUACCGAAUCGCGCUUGUUGGCGCCAAAAUAAUUGUACUCGGUACAAAUCGAUACUGCAAUUUCUACUCGAUGCCACUCGUUUUGGCCGCAGUCGUUUUGUUCACAAAUCGCUAGAAGCUAAAUAAUAAAAUGGAAACUGUCAAUGCCACAUACGCAUACAUCACAAAUCUGGAGGUGAUGAAUAUUCUGCAAACGAUCAAGAGCACCAAAAAGAAGUUUGGCAUGCGCAACUUGGCGACGGUUACCUACGAAGCCCUGCAGUAUCUGGAGGAGUCGCCGUGCAAAACGCAGACAUGCGACUCCAUCAAGAGUUAUCUGCGUGAUCUGGGCGCCUAUGGAUUGAUGCCACACGAGAUGCUCCAAAUGGUUAAUGAUCCGCCAACAAGUGCGCUGCACACACAGCUGCUGAUUGAUGACAACAAGGUGCCGCUGACCGACGAGGAGAACGAGGCCAUCAUUGAGCUGACGCACAAGCAUUUCCAUUUCAUUGGUGGCGAUCAGAACGGAUUGCAGCAGGAGGAGGCCCAACAACAGCAGCAGUGAUUUUUUUUAUUUUAUUAUAUUAUUUUAAAUUAGUGCAUGUGAUUUUCGUAUAAAAUAAGCACAAUUUCAGUAAGUAAGCAGCGAAGGAUUUGACUUUUUUGAUUAGCGCUUCAGAUCGCCUAGAUCCGCGAUUACAUCCUCAUCGAUUUCUGCCCACUUGUCGGGAAUGACAUCGAAGAGCUCAUCCUUAACGUCGCCCUGAAUAACAAUCUCAUCGUCACCAGUGACUGAGGAGCCGCAAGCGAACUUUGUGCCAAAAAAUUUGGCAGCCACUUUGAGAUCAAUAUCUGUGAGCAAAAAGAAUAAACAUUUAAUUACAA